UAUCGUAGACAGAACCCAUUACCUUUAACCCUUUUCAGACCCUUUGAUUCCCCGCUGGCCUUGCAAAUGGCCAAACGUAGGGUUGAGAAGGAAUAUGCAGUGGUAGGAACUUGGGAGGAAACCAAUAUCACUCUCACCGUCUUAGAGCACUAUAUACCGCGAUAUUUUUCACGUGCCCAGAUCAUUUUUCACAUGUACCAAAAGAGCUUAACGAAUCGAAACCGAAACAACCGGAAGCCCCAAGUGGACGACGAUGUCAGGGCCAUGGUCAGACGUAACUUAACCCAUGAAUAUGAAUUUUACUAUUUCUGCAAACAGCGUCUGUACAAGCAGUACAUAGCCCUUAAGCGAAACGAAUUGGAACAUUUUUUUAACCCUUAACCCCUUAAGACUGACCUUCUUUCGAUCCUGUUAAAGUUGUUUAGUAGUUGAUUAAUAAAGUACUCCGUAUAAAUAGUAACUAACCUGUAGAGACUGUAGAGAAGGGAAGACAUUAGCUAAAUGUAUGAAUUUUUGAAAGCAGCUCGCCUCGUUGAGCAGUCGUGCGUUGAAUAAUACCCGCCAUUCCAAACUGGAGGUGGUUUUCUUCAAUCGUGGCGCCAAGGUGGGAAGCGAGGCCUUGAUGCAACUGACCCAAAC